AUGCAAGGGUUUGGUGGUGCCAAGUCUGGUGGAGCGAAUGACCCAUUGAAGGUCGGUGUAGAUGAUGUAGAUAGAGAUCUGGAGGAGGCUGAUGAUAAUGAUACUGCCAAGAGCCUAGAGGCAUUCGUAGACGGUAAACUGAUGACUGUUGUGAUGACCUUGCUUACUAUAUUUGCACUAUGGGGUGAUAAUAUGCGUGUGGCUUUCUUCGACAAGGAUGCUGACAAUGUAUUCUAUGUGUUAUUCGCAUUCGCACUCUUCAUGUUCUUUCUUGAAUUCUUUAUUAACACAGUUGCCAAACCAGAGUACAAGUGGGGAUUCUUUUUUGUUCUCGAUCUAAUUUCGGCUGUAUCAAUCAUACCUGAUAUUCCCUGGAUAAUGAGCGCACUUGCGUAUAUCAUGAAUGGUACAUCUGAGGGAGUAGGAACAUCUUCCACUGGAGGAUUGGACAAGGCACGCACUGCUCGUAUUGUACGUCUGGUGCGGCUUAUACGGCUUAUCCGAAUUGUCAAACUGUAUAGCAUGGUGUCUAAAGCGCAGGAUGCCGAUCAAGAGGAGAAACUAAAAGCUCAGGCGAGGGCUGCGCAGAACGCUAAACAAGCCGCGCUGAAGCGCAUAGAAGCAUCAAGACUGGGCAGAGCACUUUCUGAGCUGACAACUCGCAGGGUUAUUGUUGGUGUCCUCCUUAUGUUGUUCAUCAUGCCACUUCUACAGAAUUCAGAGACAAAUGAGGCCUUUUACACUGGCCUAUCCCAGCUCUAUUGGUUCGGUCGUAGUCGAUGCGAUACUGCAUCAGAGAAUGCAUCUUUCGGCUGUGAUGGGCAGAUACAGAAGGCUGGAUCGUCUUGGAUAGAAGAGGAUGGAUGGAAGAACAUGUUAUGGAUAUAUUCCAGAUCAGGAUUCAGAGCCAAAUAUUAUCCCACUGAUGAGGGGGUACCAGACUAUCUUAAUGAUGGAAGGCUGAGAGAUGUGAGGCCGACGAACAACUUCAAUCUGAGGGCCUAUGUUAUUCUGACUUCGAGGUCUUAUCUAUCGACUCGGAACUUGGUACGUGGAAUCAGACGAAAAGCUGUGCAGGGGUUCAACUGCCAUCUGAUUGCCCGUUCAUCUGAUCAUGACUCGGUCAUGCUUGCUGAAACUCCCGGAUGCGACAAAGCUAUAGCCUAUGCUCGAUUCGAGACAAAGUCUCUUCAACAGACAUCGAACGCGUUGGAUAUGAUAUCCACACUUUUUGUCUGUAUCCUAUUAGGUACAUUGAGUAUACAGUUCCAGAACGACACACAGAAAUUGGUCAUCGGCCCAAUUGAGAAAAUGGUCAACAUAAUCAAGCAGUUGGCUGAGGAUCCUCUCCGUAAACGUGAAGUUCAGGAUACUGAAGUCCAUCACCCAUCCGAUAAGAUGGAGCAGCAGUCUCUAAGCAUGUCGCCUCACUUUGAGGAGGAUGAUACUUCCGCUGGACCUCAACUCGAGACUAGGAUGUUGGAGAAUACUAUCUUGAAGAUUGGCAUGCUUCUGCAGGUGGGGUUCGGUACAGCCGGUGCGGAAAUAGUGGGCAAUAGUAUGAAACGUGGGGAUGGUGAACUGAAUAUCAUGAUGCCAGGACGAUGUAUAUUAGGUAUAUUUGCAUAUGUGGGUAUCAAUCGGCUGGCAUCCCUCGCCGACAGUUAUGGUCAGGACGUAACUGUUCUGGUCAACAAGGUUGCUAAGAUCAUCCAUGGUUGUGCUAAGCAUUGGUAUGUUACAUUUGGGUCUGGCUCGUGA